UAAGAUUGUCCAACUUCAUUGGAGCGAUUGAUAAGGAGGUGUUGGAGCCAAGAUGCAAAGUGCCCGGCCGCGGUUCGAUGAAAUAUGUGUUGAAUUGCGGAAUGUGAAAUGUCAACUUCUCAGAUCAUUACCCCAUUGCGAAUUAACGACUCAAGAUCGGUCGAGCCAUCAUUCAAUCAGCAGACCUAAGUCCCCAAGUCCUGGAUUCGAACAGGGAAGGACUGGGGGAAUGGUGAAGUUUACAAUUGCUGAAUUGAAAAAAAUUACUGGUAACUUUUCCGAAUCUCACUUGAUCGGAGAUGGAGGAAGGUUGAUUUUGAGGAAUUUGAGUCCGUAGUUGAAGUUUAUACUCAACUGGAGCACAUGAACUUGGUGAAGCUGAUAAGCUACGUGGACGUGAAGAAUGAGCGCCUUCUUGUGAUUGAGUAUGUGCCGAAUGGAAACUUGAGGCAACAUCUUGACGGCAUUCCUAAUGGGAUUAUUCUGGACAUGAGCACCCGCUUGAAUAUUGCCAUCGAUGUGGCUGAAGCUCUUACAUGCCUUCACUAUUUUUCGGACAGGCCUAUAAUUCAUAGAGAUGUGAAACCUAGCAACAUUUUACUCAGUGAUAGCUUUCGCGCUAAGGUUGCCAUUUCCGAUCUUUCUCGAUUUGGUCCCUCGCAAGAAGGUGCUACAAUUAUUAUGCAAAUUAUGGGGACCAUAGGGUAUCUGGACCCAGAGUAUAUUGUAACGUGGGAACUGAACGUGAAAAUUGAUGUAUACUCUUUUGGGAUAUUGCUCCUUGAGCUUUUCACAGGGAGGCGCCCUUUUGGGCUGAGACAUUCUACGGAUGAGCUACCCCUGGAGAGAUGGGCUUUCAAAUACUAUUCGGAGGGAUGGCUGAGGGUUAUUAUUGAUCCAAAGCUUCAGUUAACAGCUGCUGCUUUGUUGAUUUUGGAGCGCGUAUUUGAGCUUGCAUUUUCUUGUUCAGCACCUACGAAAGUUGAUCGCCCUAACAUGAGAGAGGCCAAGGAGAUGUUAUGUUGCAUCAGAGAAGAAUAUCAGCUGAGUGUAGAUCGACAACAGGAAGGUUUAGAGGCAGAGUCAGAAUAUGGUAACUCUUAGGAGAAUGGAGCCAUACUCCGCGGGGAAGGCCGUCGCUAUCAUGGUACUCUCAUGGAGAUACCGAGAGUGAGAAGGCUCGGACAAGCAGGCGCCCAGAGGAUAAUCACAGGAGUUACUUGACCUGAGAAAUAUUUGAGAACCAACUGAAUACAGGACUACGAGGAUGAGGAGUGUCAGGUCAACAAAGAGGUCAUGGGACAUUGCGAGGAUUCUCCUGGGGAAUAGGGGGCGUUGUAUGGUGUCUAUGUUCCAUCUUAUAUUCUCAAUCGCUUCAUAUUCCCUGUCAGAGAUAUUCUGAGAAACGGUACAGACUAGAUACCUUUUUUCUUUUCUUUUUUCUUUUUGUUUUGAUUGACACUGGCUGAUUACUGUAUCCUAAUAGCAGGUCCAUCGCUUACCUGUCGAAUAUUUCUGUUAUUGGAAACUUCAGAGAAUCGUUUACGGCGACCACAGAAGGUCAUGGCUCUCGGGGGCGACGGUUUGUGCCUCUGGGAGGGGCUCAGACCCUUAACGCUUCAUGAAUUUGAAAAUAACAACCUUGAGCUGUACAUCUUUUGAUCCCUUAAGUACCAUGUUAACUAAAUUGAUUGUUAUUGUUAACAAAGUAGGUCGGUCGCAUCUAUUGAAACUACUUUCUUUCCAUGGUUGGAAGUUAUGGUGCAUUAUAAGUUUAUUCCUGCUGUUGCUGCGUGACAGGGUGGGAAUUCGUUGAAGGAGGUUCACCGUCAGGGUUCAGGCCAAUUUUUCUUCUGAUACUCUUGAGACUCAGAUUCGUGCAGACGUGGGUAAGGAGUGAACCUGUUCUGCUUGAAAAGACUGUCUCAUUUUCUUCGAUGAGAUUUGGCUGGAGCGUCAGCAUUCAAAGCUGAGGUCCAGUCAGUUUGACAAGGUCAUAUCAGGAGUUACUGAUAUUGCUUUCAGAUUCAUGUACUGUAGGGUGUCAAAUAGUUUAUGAGGAGCUCAAAUUGAUCUAUAGAUGUGUCAAAUGCUGAUUCAUGUGCGUUUCUGAGGCCCGAGUUUGUGCACAGAAGCCGAAGUGGUAAUAUAGUUUUUCUCUUUUGUGCAAUAUACAUCCCUAGUUAUCUGAAUUUCAACACAUGCUCUUAAGCGACGUGGAUCAAUCAAAAAUCGACCAGAUAUAGCUCCUUCAGCAGUUAUUGUUUGAACGAAUCUUUGAGAUUUAGUUUGUUCUUCGGGGUUUGCUAGUUUUGCUAAAGAAGCUUUGAAACGUUUCAA